AUGCCCUCCUUUUGUCCCGUCGCAGGGUACUGGAGGCAACACGAGGCCCCCAGUGGCACCAACACGGAGGGCAACAUGGCCGACGCUGCUCCCUCGUGGCAAAACGACUCGUUCCUCUCGUUCAACACCACCGCUGCCAUGUCCCCGGUGGUGGACAAAGCCCUCAAAGCACUCACCACAACUUUAUUAUGCAUUGUCAUGGUUUCAUUGGGAUGCACCAUGGAGCUGUCCAAGAUCAAGAUGCACUUCAUGAAGCCGAAGGGUUUGGUGAUAGCACUGCUCUCUCAGUAUGGAGUCAUGCCUUUCACCGCCUUUUGCCUCGCUAAGGCGUUCCAGCUGACGGACAUUAGGGCCUUGGUGAUUCUGAUCUGCGGCUGCUCUCCUGGAGGAAACCUCUCCAACGUCCUCACUCUGGCUCUAAUGGGCGACAACAACCUCAGCAUCGUGAUGACUGCCUGCUCCAUGCUCCUGGCUCUGGGGAUGAUGCCCCUGCUGCUGUUGAUCUACUGUCAGGGUUUCCCUCACCUGCAGGAGGCUCUGCCCUACGUCGGCAUCGUCAUAUUUCUCUCCCUGCUCGUCAUAGCCAGCGCCGUGGGCAUCCUCAUCAACUUCUACAGGCCGCGGUACGCCAACACCGUCAAGAAGGUUGGCCUCAGUUUGGCGCUGGCCUGUUGGUUGGCGAUCCUUGUCAUCUCUGCCAUGGAGUUCUCCUUCUGGAAGUUAAUGUCUCCUCCUCUGUUGGUCUCCGCCGCUCUGAUGCCUCUCAUUGGCUACACCUCCUGAUACCUCAUCUCGUCGCUGUGCCGGCUCAGCCAACCGGAGCGGAGGACCGUGGCUAUAGAGACAGGCUGUCAGAACUCCCAGCUGUGUGGCGCUAUCCUGAAGGUCGCCUUCCCCCCCGCGGUGAUGGGCCCCCUCUUCAUGUUCCCCAUGGUCUUCGCCUUCUUCCAGCUCACGGAGGGCGCUGUGAUCGUCGGGCUGUUCAGGUGUCACCGCCGGUUCACGCAAAAAAGGAAAGUCUCAGCUGCAGAAGCGUACGAGCCAGCGCCCACUGACGACAAUGCAAAUGUGUUACUGUGA